CACAAACGGGGGGAGGAAUAAGUUCUACAGCAGUUAAUUGUUGAACAAGCGUGUUACACAGCGGUUGAUUGUUGUACAAGCGAGUGAUACAGCUGUUGGCCUUUAGGAUCCUUCGUUCAGAGGAAACAAUACGUAUUGUUAAGCGGCUAGCGUUCUUUGGCUAGAUACACACGAGCAUUCACUCAUCGCUGCAAAGGUAAAUAUUGACCAAUACGAAGCCAUUAUACGAUGGAUGAGACGACUAAGCGCGAGGAGCCCUUGCCUGUGCAAUCCAAGCACUCCACGCCCCAGUCGCAGCUGUCGCCGUGGUGUACUUCGCUCUUUGGUGAUGUGUUUGGGGUGACGCUCAACGUCGAUGACACCUCAAAGCGGUUCUUGGAAUCUACGUUUACAGAGCUCGUUGAAGAAGGGUUGGACCCUCAGUUCGAAGAGUCUCAUGCAGAUAGGAUCAUCAUAGAGUACUUGACUGAGGUUGGAAACACGAACCCUUUCAAAUGGCUCAGAGAUUGCUGGGUCAAAGUGCAGCAGUACAAGAGAACGCUAAAGGCGAAGGACCCGUUGAGGGAUGAAAAGUUACAGGUGCUGGAGGAGAUUGACAGGCUGACUUCAAACUAUGGAUUGGUUGCAUUUCAGAUUGAGGAUAUGUUCAUCAACGGUAACAUUGAUACUUACCUAAAGGAUGUGAUUGCCAAUGACUCUUUAUACUCUGACUUCAUCAUUCAAAUAUUAUACCAUGCACAUGAAGAGGGAACAUUGUUGGAGUUCCUAAACGUGUUUGUUGUGGAGCUCGCCAAAGAGGUAUCUAAGAUUGAUUUUAGAGAUUCGCACUACCAGUUGGUGUUGAAUGUUUUCCAAUUGAUCCUGAGUCAAAAGCCAGUGGCCGCUGUAUUCACACAGAUUGACAACUUUCACGCAAAGGAAGAAGUUAAGCCCCAUCGCAUAGAGACAACUACUCUUUUAGGCCCUUUGUUCAGAUUGUCACCCUUACAAAGUACCGUAUCCAUUGCAUUGUUCGAUGAGAAUACCAACAGUUCUAGCAGAAAGGUCAAAAGCGUUGGAGAAUCUCUCCAGGCAGAACACAAGGUUCUAUUGGAGAGACUUUUCUUCAUCACUGAUAAGAUUAUCAGAGGUUCAGAACAGUCGAGAAAUGAUCUACUCAAAUACUUUGCAACAAUAGUUAAUAAGAACCAUUUGAGACGUGGAGACCACGCAGAUUUCAGCAAAUUGGCGUCCAACGCUUUUAUGACAAACAUAUCCAUGGUGCUCAUAAGAUUAUCACUUCCAUUCUUAGACUCAUCCUUGACUAAAUUGGACAAAAUUGAUCCAAAUUAUUUCCAAAACACUCAUUGUUUAAUCGACAUUUCUGAGGAAACCAGAGCUAAUGCAACAAAUGCAGAGGCAAACGAGUAUUUCGAGGCACAUAAGAUAGAUAAGAAACCAAAUUUUAUCUCUGAUUGUUUUUACUUGACGCUGACAUACCUACAAUACGGUCUUGGUGGCUUAUACAUUUCUGAGUCAAAAUUGGACAAGCUGAUAAAACAUUUGAAAUCUACAGUCGAAAAUUUGAACAGACCAAUUUCAGAUCCAAGCAACAGGCUACAAAUGAUUCAACGGAUGCAGUUACCUGCUCUUCAAAAGAAGUUGGAACAGGCCAAAUCUGAAAAGAAUGCCCUUACUUCUUUCUUCAUACACAGAAAUCUCCAACUGGAGAUCUUUGAUUUCAUUGCUGGGUCAAGUGCGUUCUUGGUUAGAACAGUGGAACCUACUCAUCUAUACCCAAAGACCAAAUUGAGAUUGCCAUUCGUCCCCGAUGUUAUAGGUGUUGAAAAUGUGGACAACUCAGAACACUUCCGUGAACAGGCACCAGUGCCAUACAAAUACUUCCCAGAGUUUUGUGUUGAAGGUGUGAUCAACUUUGUCUUAUCAAGCUGUAAGUUUGUUGCCAAUCCUAUGAUACGCAAUUCAAGAUUGCCAAGUCUUAUGGAGUUCAUGCUUGUGUUCUUACGUUGUCCUGAACUUAUUGGGAAUCCACAUUUAAAGGGGAGAUUAGUGGAAGUGUUGAGUAUUGGUACAUAUCCCAUGACAGAUGGAACACCAGGUUUCAUGCAAGACAUCAUUGACACUGAUCCAUUGUUGACAGAUAACUUGCUUUAUGCAUUGUUGGACUUCUAUGUCGUUGUUGAAAAGACUGGCAGUUCCAGUCAAUUCUACGAUAAAUUCAACUCUAGAUUUCAUAUCUCCUGCAUCUUGGAACAGAUUUGGAAGAAUAGUGUUUACAAGAGACAGCUGAUUCAUCAAAGUGAACACAAUGAAGAGUUCUUCAUCAGAUUCGUGGCUAGAAUGCUUAACGACUUGACCUUUUUGCUUGACGAGUCUCUUCGUCAAUUGCAGGAUGUUCACGCUGUACAGAAUGAAUUGGAGCUUCGUAAACAAGGUGGAUCGAACAUGGAUGGAACCAAUGAGGACCUCGAGUCUCGUUUAUCCUCCGCUGAGAACCAAGCGCGUGCAGACAUUCAACUAGCCAACAGAACGCUUGAUCUCUUUGACAUGUUCACAGGUGAGGUACCAAAAGCAUUUAUCAAACCAGAGAUUGUGGGUCGUUUGGCUAGUAUGCUGGAUUAUAACUUGGAGGCACUUGUAGGACCAAAGUGUACAGAGCUUAAGGUGAGAGAACCAGAGAAGUACAAAUUCAAUCCAAAGGAUCUUUUGUUGAAGAUUUGCAAAGUUUUCGUGAAUUUGAGCUCUGAGAGUGACUUCACCAAGGCAGUGGCUAACGAUUCAAGAUCGUUCAAAAGGGCGCUGUUCAAUCGUGCUGAGGAUAUUAUCAGAAGAUGGGGACUUUCCAAUGAAGAUUUCAUAAAGUGCCUUGUCACAUUUGCUGACAAAGCGGAAGAGACUAGAAUUGCUGAUGAGGCGGAGGAACAGGACCUCGGUGAGAUCCCAGAUGAGUAUUUGGACCCAUUGAUGUACACUUUAAUGGAGGAUCCUGUCAUUUUACCAGGUUCCAAAGUCAACAUUGACAGGGCAACUAUUCGGUCCCAUCUACUAAGUGAUUCUACUGAUCCAUUCAACAGAAUGCCGUUGAAAUAUGAGGAUGUUAUUCCCAACGAUGACCUCAAACAAGAGAUUUUAGACUGGAAGAGAGGAAAGAAAGCCAACAAGUCCACAGAUGUUAACAUGACAGAUGCAUAAAUCAAAUACUUCAAUUACAGGAUAUUUUCAAAAAGUACAAAACCCCUAUCAUUCCUUUGUAUUAAACAGUAGUACAUAUCUCAGUCAAUUUAAGCCUUGAUAGCGUACUUUCUUUGUGGGAAAGCAAGUUGCUUCUUCUUUUGCUUCUCAGUGACUUGGGAAGCCUCGAACUUGGUGAGCUUUCUUCUCAAAGCUCUGGUCUUCUUAGCUCUAAGGUCCUUUGGUUGGUACUUCUUACCAGCGUAGAAAGCUCUGACAGCCUCUCUUUGGUUCAAGUUGAUGACAGUCAAGACACGGGCAAUGUCCUUUCUAACAGUACCAAUCUUUGGCAAAGAUGGUCUGGUGAGCUUUUGAACCUUCAAGUUGGCAAGCUCUUGCUUCAAGGAGACAAGUUGCUCCUCCAAUUGUUCCUUGGACUUGGUACGCAAUUCGUAAGCUCUCAAACCGGCCUGUAAGUG